AUGGGAAUUCUCGAAAAGAUUCAAGACAUUGAAGAUGAAAUUAAAAGAACUCAAAAGAAUAAAGCCACCGAAUAUCACCUUGGUCUUUUGAAAGGAAAGUUGGCCAGAUACCGUGCUCAGUUACUGGAAGGUUCAAAAACAAAGUCUGAGAAGGGUGAAGGUUUCGAUGUCAUGAAAUCUGGUGAUGCGCGCGUCGUCAUGAUUGGUUUUCCUUCCGUUGGUAAAUCAACUUUACUAUCCAAGCUUACUACAGCAGAAUCUGUUGCUGCAGCCUAUGAAUUUACAACCUUGACCUGUGUACCUGGCAAGUUUACUUACAAAGGAGCAAAUAUUCAGUUACUUGAUUUGCCUGGUAUUAUUGAAGGCGCCUCACAAGGCAAGGGUCGUGGACGUCAAGUUAUUGCUGUAGCACGUACUGCCGAUGUCAUUUUGAUGAUGCUGGAUGCUACGAAAUCUGCUCAACAAAGGCCAUUAUUGGAAGCAGAAUUAGAAGCUGUAGGCAUUCGUUUAAAUCAGUCCUUUCCCAAUGUAUCGUUUAAAAUUAAAAAAGCAGGAGGAAUCAGCUUUAAUGCAACCGUGAAAUUAACAAAGAUGGAUCAGAAAAUGGCUCAAAACAUUUUACAUGAUUACAAAAUAUUCAAUGCUGAUAUAGUCAUUCGAGAAGAUAUAACAGUGGAACAAUUUAUUGACGUAAUCCUCGGCAAUAGAAGAUAUAUUAAAUGUAUUUAUUGCUAUAAUAAGAUUGAUCAAAUUAGUUUGGAAGAAGUAGAUAGAUUGGCACAUGAACCGGAUACUGUAGUUGUUUCUUGUGAAGAGGAUCUCAAUUUGGAUUACUUGCUUGAAUCCAUUUGGAGAAAAUUGAACUUGAUGCGUAUUUAUACAAAGAAGAGAGGAGAAUACCCUGAUUUCGGUGAUGGACUCAUUGUUAGAAAUGGUGCAACUAUUGAACAUGUCUGUCAUGCAAUCCAUAGAAGUUUAGCAGAUAAUUUUAGAUACGCACUAGUCUGGGGAACAUCAACUAAGCACAAUCCACAGAGAGUAGGCAUUAGUCAUUUAGUUCACGAUGAAGAUGUUGUGCAGGUUGUUAAAAAAUAA